AUGAUAGGGGAAUUGGUUGCUUUACUUGGUAAGACCAAUGUUUCAGAUAUAUUUCCUAUCCUUGCUCGCUUUGAUCUACAAGGGAUUGAAAGGAAAGCUAAGGAGGUAAUGUCUUGGGCUGAUACAAUCUUGGAUUCAGUAAUCGAAGAACGGCUUAAAAUGGAAGCAGUGCAAGAGAAGAAGAGAUCCAAGGAUGAUGAUGAUGUGGGGAGCAAAGAUUAUUUGGGAAUUCUCUUGGAGCUUAAUAAGCAACAAGGAGAUGAUAAAGCAGCAUUAAGCAUGAAGCAACUCAAGGCCUUGUUACUGGACAUUGUUUCAGCUGGAACAGACACCACAACCACAACAUUAGAGUGGGCUUUUGCAGAGAUGAUGCAGAAACCUUAUACAAUGAGGAAAGCACAAGAAAAACUGGGUCAAGUAGUUGGAAUGAGUAACAAAGUGGAAGAGUCCCACAUAUCCAAGUUGCCAUAUUUAAAUGCAGUGGUGAAAGAAACUCUCAGGGAUCCCGAUGCAUGGGAGGGUCCUUUAGAGUUCCUCCCUGAGAGGUUCUUAAGAGAAAAAAAUGAAUAUGAUUGUAAGGGCAACAAUUUUAAUUAUCUUCCCUUUGGAUCUGGAAGAAGGAUAUGUCCAGGGAUUCCCUUAGCAGAAAGGAUGGCAACUUACAUGUUAGCUUCUCUCUUGCAUUCCUUUGAGUGGAGAUUGCCAGAAAAUGUAGAGCUUGAUCUAUCAGAAGAAUCUGGACUUGUGUUGAAGAAAAAAGCACCACUUGUCAUCAUCCCAACUCCAAGAUUAUCUAAUGUAGAGCUCUACAAUUGA